AUGAUGCUGAAAAUUAAAGCUACACAGAGUGAGAAAAAUUGGUUAACAAUACUUCUUGCAGAGUAUAUCGAUGAUAUCUUUAAGCAGGUGCUUGCACAGAAUAUAUACAAGACUGAAGUUCCAACUCCUAGACAUCAUUCGCGAAGUAUAAAUGCAUAUACUUAUACUAAACUUGAGAGUAUAAAAAAGCAAAAAAUUGAAGAAAGAAUGCCUGAUGCUAUAAUUCCAAAAGUUACAUUAGAACUUCAAACUAUAUCUUUGGAUUGA